CAUCACAGCCCGCUUCGGCCCGGCCGUCAUGAUCGCGCCAGAGGUGGAGGCGCUUGUCUCCCAGAAGUACGAGAUCAAGAGGCGCCUGGGCAAGGGCGCUUAUGGCAUUGUAUGGAAGGCAGUUGAUCGCAGGACAGGAGAAAUAGUGGCUGUUAAAAAGAUUUUUGAUGCUUUCAGAAACAAAACAGAUGCUCAGAGAACGUUUCGAGAGAUUAUGUUCCUACAGGAAUUUGGUGAACAUCCAAAUAUCAUCAAGCUGCUGGAUGUUAUCCGAGCUCAGAAUGACAAGGACAUCUACCUCAUCUUUGAGUCCAUGGAGACAGAUUUACAUGCUGUGAUUAAGAAGGGGAAUUUGCUGAAAGAUAUCCACAAGUGUUACAUUCUCUACCAGCUCCUGAAGGCAACUAAAUUCAUCCACUCAGGAAAUGUUAUUCACAGAGAUCAGAAGCCUUCGAAUAUCUUGCUGGAUGCAGACUGCUUUGUCAAACUUUGUGACUUUGGGCUGGCCCGUUCGUUAUGUCAGAUGAACGAGGACCAAGUCAACCCUGCUCUAACGGAGUACGUGGCAACACGCUGGUACCGAGCCCCUGAGAUCUUACUUUCCUCUCGGAGUUACACUAAAGGCGUAGACAUGUGGAGCAUUGGCUGUAUUCUGGGAGAGCUGCUAAUUGGGAAACCUCUUUUUCCUGGAACUUCAACAGUGAAUCAAAUAGAGCAGAUCUUGAGGGUCAUUCCUGCCCCAUCCCCAGAAGACAUUUUGGCUGUGCAGCCGGAUUACAGAGCCUCAGUUAUUAACCGCAUCAGUUCCCGGCAGCGAGUAACAUUUGAGGAGAUUUUACCAUCCUCUACUCCAUUGCCUGCCUUGGAUCUUCUGAAGAAACUUCUAGUGUUUAACCCUGACAAACGACUCACAGCAGAGGAGGCUUUGCAGCAUCCUUAUGUGAAAAGGUUUCACUGUCCUGCCACGGAGCCCUCUCUGGGUCAUGAUGUGGUUCUUCCUUUAGGUGAUGAUAUCCAGCUGUCUGUGGCAGAGUACCGGAAUAAAUUAUACGAGAUGAUCCUUGAAAAGAAACCAGAUAGCCAUCCAAAGGAGCAAAUGUGGAGAGAAAACAUACAAAGAAGUCAGUCGGAAUCUAGGCCACUUCCAAACUCCACUUCUGUGAUUUUACCUACCAAGAAAGGCCAGAUAGAACCAAUACCACCUCUUCUAGAAGCUCCACAUGUGCAUGCUGAAACUACAUGUGGUAUCCAGACAGAAGUAUCCAGCCAGAAUGAAGAUUUAACAAGACCUUUAUGUCAGAGAUCAAAGAUCCAUGUGAUAUACAAUCCUAUAACACACACUGCUGUUCAAAGUAAUGCAAAUUCUGGUGCUCUUACCAGGAACUCUUCAGCAUCGCUUUCUCAACAGGUCAGAACCUCCAACAAUAGGAGACUGGAGAGACAAAUCACAUGGGCUAAUGCUGGGCGACCUCCUACAAGUGUACAGAACCUUUACAAUAAUCCAAGAAAUACUCAGUUUCACAGCAAAGAUGUUCGUCCCCCUCUGAAGUCCAGUAAAAAGAUGUUCAGGAUUACUGCAAAUAUGGGAGCUGCUGGUGACCCAAAAGCAUCGAUGGGCAGUUACUCUCAGGCCUAUGGAACCAUAUGUAAAUCUGCGCUGCAGAGUCUUCCAAUAUCAAAGUCCUCCCAGCAACUUGAGCAGUGAAUAUGGAAGUGUUCUAAGCAGGUGAAGUCAGCUCAUCUCAUCAGUCCCCUAACCGAACCCUUCAGUUUGUUUUCCACUAUUUUCUAUGACUCUUCUGGGGUAAAUGAACAUAAUCAGUGGUGGCUUAUUUUCACUAAAAUGAUGUAGAAAAGCAUUUUAAAUGCAGGCGGGUUCUGCUACAACAUUUAAUAGCUUACGUACCACGUAAUACUGUGAUAUUGCAAAUAUUGUAAUAAUAAAUACUUUACAUUGCA